GCCGCAAGAAUAAUGCAGAUGUCAUCGUAGUCGUACGUCUUCAAAAACCGUAAAUCAAAUGUCAAGCAGUAUGGAAAAAUACAAGGGAUUCUAGAAAACAAGGAUUACGUUUUGCGCGAAUUAACUUGCAGGGUUUUCUUUAUCGGUCGUUUAGCAGAACAUUUUUUUGGUUUAAUGUAUUUUGAAAAUACGGAAAUGUAAAAGUGGUUUUGUUUAAUUGUGGAAAAAAUAUAGCUAGAAAAAUAGUGUUCGUCGGCUGAUCGGUGAAUUUGCGGAGAAGAAAAAAAAAACACACACAAAUCGAAAUACAACGUUCCAAUCAAUGUCGUCUUCGUCGGACGAAGUGCAUAGAUCGUCAUCGUCCCAAAGCAAUAUCAAUAUGCAACACGAAACCAAUCAAAACUGUCCCGACCGCGAGAAAUUUAUCUGCGGUGUUGUCGAAGGAUUUUACGGUCGACCGUGGACCACCGGCCAAAGGAAAGAACUGUUCGGUAAAUUGAAUCGCUGGGGAAUGGACUCGUAUGUUUACGCACCCAAGGAUGAUUAUAAGCAUAGGUCAUAUUGGCGAGAGCUGUAUACAGUCGAAGAAGGCGAUCAUCUAACUGGACUCAUCAAUGCCGCCAAGGAACACAACAUUAUCUUUUACUAUGCUCUCUCACCGGGCUUGGACAUGACUUACAGCAAUCCGAAGGAAGUUGGAACGCUAAAGCGAAAACUAGAACAAGUCAGUCAGUUUGGCUGUGAGGCAUUUGCACUACUCUUCGAUGAUAUUGAAACCGAAAUGAGUAAAGCGGACAAGGAGGUCUUUCAGACAUUUGCCCAUGCCCAGGUGUCGGUUACGAAUGAGAUUUUCAAGCACUUGAACUGCACCAAUUUUCUGUUUUGUCCGACGCAAUAUUGCAGUACGCGUGCAGUUCCUACCGUUUCGAAUUCCGAAUAUCUGAACACGCUGGGCAAUAAACUGAUGCAAGAAAUUGACAUUUUGUGGACGGGACCGAAGGUCAUUUCCAAAUAUCUGACCAUCGAAUCGAUUCAAGAAAUAACGGAAGUGCUACGCCGAAAACCCGUCAUUUGGGACAAUUUGCAUGCAAACGAUUAUGACCAGAAACGGGUGUUCUUGGGUCCAUAUUCGGGAAGAUCACCGGAAUUGAUACCACUAUUGCGCGGUGUACUAACCAAUCCGAAUUGUGAAUUUCACGCCAAUUCGAUUGCCAUUCAUACACUGGCCCACUGGUCGAAAUGCAAUUCCGACACGAAAAUUCACAACUCAAUUUCGGCUGAUAUCAAAUUAGAGACUGAAAGCGAAGACGGUGCAUACGCCGAAGAGGCACCGGUGUGUCUGUCGAAAAAUGUGUAUCAUCCGCGAAUAGCACUGAAAAAUGCAAUUGCCGACUGGUUACCGGAUUUUUUCCAGUCGAAAGAAGCGUACGGUCCGAUCAGCAAACCCCAUCCAGCAGUUACAAUGGUGAUGCCAGUUAUUCCCAUCAUUCCAUCGGUGAACACUUGCAUGAGCUUAACCACUCAAACAACAAUAACGACUAGUACCAGUGCAAUUAAGGUAUUGGAGACAAAUCAAUUGCAAGCACUAGCUGAGGUGUGCAGCGUAGUCACCGGUUCUGAUCCCAUUACAUUGCCCAAUGUUGUGAUGAACUCCUUGGUAUCGACCACCAAGAUCGUGACAAACGACACAAUACCCAAUCCAAUAGUAUCAACCGUAAGCAAUAGCGCAUUGCCUUCGAUUCCCGUUCCCGUUUCCAGUAUUGGUAUACCGUUGCCGAUAAUGGCUAUGAAAGACGACUACGAUACGUCGCAAACGGACGAGGAGAAAAUUAUCGACGAUAGCAAUAAAAGCCUGAACAAUCCCGGCGAUAACCAGGACGAAGAAACCGAAGCAAUGCCCGUUGAAGACGAACCGACUGAAUCCGUUGACGACAUUAUCAAAGUGAAACCGCCCAACAAUGGCGAACUUAUGACCGACGAUUCGUAUCCUUUGACCGAGCCAAUGGAGUGCACCGCAUCACCGAGACAUACACAGAAAUGUGCAUCUGAAGACGUUGUUAUGUCCGAAAACGUUUCCACAUCAUCGUCAGCCGGAAGUAUGCAAGAAGGUUCGGAUACGUCGUUGCAAUCGAAUACGGAAAUGGUUGAGGAUUCAGAAGUACCGUUUGAUAAAACCAUAACUGCGAGUGACAUCGCUCUGCUCUGCGAUUUAUUUUACCUACCAUUUGAGCACGGUAAUCGAGCGCUACAAUUGCUGAACGAAUUUAAUUGGCUGAAAUCGAAUGCAUUCGUUCUGUCGGGCUACAAGCGGAAAAGUGACUUGGGUUUGGCGAAACCAGAAGUACAGGAAUGGUUUCAAAGAUCUGAAAAAUUUUAUGCAUUGGGUCAGAUGGUAAUACUGUUGGCAAAGAAGCUGGCCGACUGCACGAAUCGUGAACUGUGCUAUGAACUUUUUUCGUAUGUCUGGGACGUAACUGGAGUCAUCACACUGCUAACAGGCUUCGUCAAAUGGUUGGCUCUCGGCCAUUUUCCUUCUAACAUCAACUCGUACACACAGGGCAACUACACAUGGUUCAGCAAAGGUUGGCGAGACACAUUUUCGUCGGGUGACCAAGAACCAUGGGUAUUCCGUGGAGGCUUGAUAGCCGACCUGCAAAGGCUCAUACCGGUCGAUUCGGGUAACGAUUUAUUUCUCUACAAAUUACCGGAUGUACCAACAAGUAGCUUUCAUGCUAUCCGCCCAUACAACCAUCUCGACGAGCCAAAGGUCUACGCGAUAUGUCACGCUAGUUGCCGUGACGGCUCCGACUGUACUGAACUAUUUCCGGAACAUUUGCAAAGUAUUCCAGCUGAUCGUUUGCUCGGACCGUUUCUCACAUUGAAUCCGGAAUUGUGUUUGGUAAUGGAGGACAGUAAAAGCGAACUGAUUGGAUAUGCAUGCUCCGCUCUCGAUGCAAAACUGUUCUAUCGUAAUCAGGAAAUGUGCUGGCUGCCGGCAAUGUGCUCAAAAUAUCCGAUGUCCUUAUUGAAUUCAACGGACGGUCUAACUCAAGCCGCAAUCGAUUCGAUAAAUCAUUUUCAUAAAUUCAAAUACGAUUGUCCAUUGGAGGUGCUGACCAGCCAUCCGUCGAUAAUGACUUGCUGUGUGUUGAAAGAUCAUUUUACUGCCGAUCAUUCGACGGCCAAACGUUUGGUAACGGUACUGUUAGCGGCAUUACGUUCGAAUGGGGCGUCCGGUGUACACGUUUGUAUCAAUUUAACGGAUCGUUUUAUGCAUCAAUUUUACUCGAAACUAGGAUUUGUUGAGAUUCAUCGCGAUCCGAAUGGAAAGGUUUACUUGGGAAGAAACUUUUAGCGCUAAUAAAUUUCCAACAC